CGACCGAGUGGGCGGGUGUGACGACAUACAGUGCGCCUCUGUGUCAGUGGUUAUGCGCGUCCUUGCCACGGUGGGCAAUAUUUCGAGCGGCUGCGGGUGGGGCGGCAGGAACAGGGGCGUAGGGAGGCGGUCCUCGAUUGGGUUCUCGAGGAGUGCUCUCUGGCCUUCUUUGUCUUCGGAGAGUGGUCUUUGCACGUGUCGAUAUCGUUUAAGUCGGUCGUGUUUCUUGCUCAUUCGACGCUAAGGCUUCAUUCGCAUCAUUUUCACUUCAUUUUCGUUCAAUCGCGAUGUACCUUAGUCGCAAGUGUCGUUUACUUUGAUUCGAAAUAAAGGAAAAAGAAAAACGGAGCCAGAUGCGGUGUUCAAGUGGCAGGGUAGUUACGAUUGUAGCUAAGUUAAACGCUCUUCCAGCGGGUGUUCCCGUGUACCACGGACUAAAUAGUCAGUCCUGUUUGGUAUAGUCAAGAAUGGAUUCCUAGCAUAAGGGUAAUCUGCAUAAAUUACGUUGACGACGAUCUUGUUUGUGUUAAGAAUAUACUACACCUAUAUUUAUCAUGAAACGAAGCGUGGAUGGGAGAAGUAUCAAUCAGGAGGAGAUCGAAGAUCAUGAUCUUUUACAAACGCAGCAGCAGCAGCAGCAGGAUGAAGCUGAACAGCAACAACAGCAAUUGGAACAGCAAACUGCCCAACCUCAAAUUCGUUUCUUAACCACAAAUGCAGCUGUUUUGCAGCAAUUGCAGCAGCAACAAGAUGUUCAACAACAAGCACAGCAACAACAGCAGCCACAAGUCAUUACUUUGCAACAAUUGCAAAAUUUUGUGCCUUUACAGACUCAGCAACCGCAACAUGAUCAACAAAGAGCACAAACCAUUUCUGUACAAUCUUUGCCUCAACAAUUUUUGCAGGGUGCUCAGUUGAUCAGUACUCAGGCUCAAGCUGCACUUCAGCAACAGCAACAACAGUCUCAACAACAGCAAACACAACAACAAUCGCAACAACAGCAACAACCGCAACAACAACUCAGUUAUAGUGUUAUACCACAGAUGCAAACCGUUAACAUUGAUGGCCAAGAAGCACUUUUUAUUCCAUCCUCUGCUAUGUCUGCUGCAGGAGGACAUCAUCAAAGCCAACCAACAAUGCAGUUCGCCACUGCUAAUGGCCAACAAGUUCAACUUGCUAGCCAGCAAGUACAACUGGCUAAUGGUCAGACUAUUAUUACACCACAGCCAGUUAGUUUGAUAAAAGCACCCAGUGUCUUUCCUACUUCUAUCAUACAGAAUAUCACUGCCCAAACUGUUCAAUUGCCAUCAGGGCAAAGUGUUCAAGUUAGACCUCUUCAGUUCCCUAUGCAACAUGUUCAACAAACUGUGCCUGUGCAAGUACCAGUUACUGCUAGUAAUGGACAGACAGUUUAUCAAACUGUACAUUUUCCAGUUCAAGCAUUGUCCAGUGUUUUCAAUGUGCCUGCCACGCAGAUGAUACCUCAGAUCACGCAACAAAUUCCACAAGUAGCUCAAAUAAUUACACCUAAUGGACAAAUUCAGCAAGUCCAGAUUGCCAACAUACCACAACUUCAAAGCUUACAAAAUCAACAGGUAACACAAGUAGCUCAGCAAGUUGCUCAGCAACAAGCACAGCAAGUAGUGCAACAGCAAGCUCAACCACAAGUUGUACAGUCUGUGCAGCAGCAACAGCAACAACAGGCGGCACAAGCUCAAGUGCAACAGCAACAACAACAACAAGUGCAGCAAGUUGUACAGCAAGUUAUACAACAGCAGCAGCAACAACAAGUUCAACAAGCGCAACAACAAUCAUCUACACCAUCUUCAACUGUAGCAACUUGGAGCACAACAGUAACAACUCCAAGCAACGUUCAGGUACUUGGAAUCGGUGCACUUGGAAGGCCAAUGCAAGGAAGCAACAAUGUAAUUACCACAAAAGAUGGACAGAAGAUUGAUGUACAGACGUUAUCAGCAUUAGCAAGACCACCAGAGUCAGUCGAGGGUGAUAUAAAGGUAGCCAGUAUUGAUGCUAGACAAUUAGCUAGCGGCCAAGUUAUACAUAUUCCUGCUGCUCAAACAACACAACCUGCAGUUCAGCCAAUUACAAUUGCAGGAACGCAAGCACAACAGCUAACUUUAAUUCCUGCAUCCGCGUUAGCAAGCUUAACUGCCCAGCAAGGUAACAUGAUGAGGAGCGUUGGUAACGGCAGUAUAAUGCAACUUCAACCUGCCGGUGGAAUGAACGCGGCAAAUGGUUUUCUUCAGUCGAUACCUGUGCAAAAUAUUCCAGGUCUAGGUAAUGUGCAAGUUAUACCUGCAAGUGCACUGCAGCCCGCCACUGUUCAAACGCUACCUGCAACAGCAGCUGCACCGAUUGUUGCUGCUCCAACCGUACAAUUAGAUUCGAACGAUCCGACAAAGUGGCAAAUUUUACAAACUCUUCAAUCGAAUAACGCGUUAACAACGCCCACCCCCACAUCACACCAGCAUCAAGUAGCUACCGCACCGUCUGCGAAUAUCGAGACAGAUUCUAAUAAGCAACAUCGUAGGAGGGUUGCUUGCACGUGUCCUAAUUGCGGAGAUGGUGAUAGGAAUAGAGAUAUGACUAGAAAACGGCAACAUGUAUGCCACAUAGCGGGUUGUAAUAAGGUAUACGGAAAGACCAGUCAUCUUCGGGCUCAUUUGAGGUGGCAUACCGGAGAACGACCGUUUGUUUGUAGUUGGAUAUUCUGUGGUAAGAAAUUUACCAGGUCGGAUGAGCUUCAGAGGCAUCGUAGAACUCACACCGGUGAAAAGAGAUUCCAAUGCCCUGAGUGUACUAAAAAAUUCAUGAGAUCGGACCAUUUGACGAAACAUAUAAAGACACACACGAAGAUUCGAAGUACGGAAGCAGCUACUUCAACGCAGGAAGGUUCCUCAGAUAGUCAAUCUUCAACGGAAGAAAAAAUUAUUAUCGCUCUGCACAAAGAUACAGAGCAGUCUGAUAUAGUUAUUACUGAACAAAUGGAUGAAAUUAAACCUGAACCAACGAAUCAUGUAACAAAGGAAUAAAAAUAAGAAUUAUGUUUUUUCCAUAUGGGAUCCUUUGCCGGGAAGAUUUAGGAAUAAAAAAAGCUGUUGGUUGAAACGUUGGUUGUUACAUUAACAACAUCGAUGAAAGAUUUAAAAAUCUAGGUAGUGUUACAUUAUUUAUGACAGUUCGCAAAGAUUAUCACAGUUAUAUUUUGCGAUGCUGCUAAACGAGAGGGGAAACUUUUUACAGGGAUUAUCGUAAUUCAAUAUAGUGUAUAAUCUAUUUUUGUAUUGAUGGGCGAAUUUUGUAAAUAUGUAUAAUAAUUGUAUAUUAAUUGUAAAAAGAAAGAUCUUUUGCACAAAAUGAAUUUUACACUUAUAAACAGUUUUUGAUAUUA